UUAACUCAAUUGCUGUCAUUUAACUAUUUAUGAAGAAACCCGCUAUGAAUACGUUAUAGCUGUUACAAAAAUUGCACCCAUUUAUUUGUUAUUUGCUUUAUACCCAGAAAUACUAACGUUUUUUGUGUUGUGGGUUUUCCUUUUGCAGAGGUUUCUUCCCACUUAGGCUAUGAUACAUUGGAUGCAGUUGCCAAAGAUAAUAUAAUUUAGAGGUAAAAUAAAAAAAUUCAUAAAUUUUCUUAUUUUAUGGUGAUUUUAGACACUGAAGAAGAUGAAGAGAUUGCAAUGAGUAAAGAAUUGACGGAAUUAGCUGCAAGACCAUUUUAGUCUCUAUCACCACCAAUUGCAAUCAUCUUGCUUUGCAUUGUUGAUUUUUACAUGAAUAGCAAUGACAACAGUCUUGAACGUAUUAGCAACAACUCAAGCCGAAUCCUUUCCUGCAACAACACUAGCCAGGAUUUCAUACUUUGAAGUUGAAAGGGCAACUCAAGGGUUCGACCAAUGCAACUUGCUAGGCUGUGGAGGUUAUGGCUCUGUUUACAAGGGCAUCUUUGCAAAUGGGAUGGUUAGGGAAAUCAAAGUGUUUAAUUUACAGAUAGAAGGUGCAUUCAAGAGUUUUGAUUCUGAAUGCGAAGUUCUACGCAACCUUCGCCAUAGGAAUCUUACCAAAGUUAUCACCAGUUGUACUAACUUGGAUUUUAAAGCUUUACUUCUAGAGUACAUGCCCAAUGGAAGCCUAGAGCAGUGGUUACAUUCUGAUGGUUACUUCUUGAAUAUGAUCCAAAGAUUAGACAUAAUGAUCGAUGUUGCAUCUGCUUUGGAAUAUCUCCAUCAUGGUUAUGUAACAGUUGUUGUACAUAGUGACUUGAAGCCUAGCAAUGUCUUGCUAGAUGAAAGACAGGUUGGACAUGUGAGUGACUUUGGCCUGGCGAAGUUAUUAAGAGAAGGGGAAUCUGUUGCUCAUACUAAAACACUUGCAACGAUGGGCUACAUCGCACAGGGUAACUUUCUUUUUGGUCUCUCAUUAUCGAAUAUAAAGUGUUACUGUACAUUAACUAGUACUUAUGUGAGUUUUGAUGUAAUAUAUCACAGAUUUUGCAUGAAAAUGAUGGUGCUGAGAACAUCAAAUAUAACUGUCAAACUCUAUAUUUAUGCAUACGACCAUAAAGAAAAAGAAACUUGCAGUAAUAUCGUUUCAGUUAAUUUCCUUUCUCUUGUUUCAUUCCUGUUGUACCUUCAUUUAUUUUAUUUUUAUCUAUUCAAGGUAGAUUCAACUGUUUUUAUAUCUUCCAAAUAUAUUCCUAUUAUUUUCGUUUAUUUAUUUGGCACAUUAAGGAACUAAUUACUCCAGUAACAUUGGAUCAGAG